AUUUUCGUUUUCUCGACACGACGGCCAUGUUCCGAGUGCUUCCAACUCGAUGGAUGGCAUCGAGUGCUCGAAGAAUAACAAGUCAGGCAUCAUCCCCCGUCGUUCCAAUCGUGGAUUUGGCGAACAAGGAGCAAGCUAGUGUGGACUUGCACCAUGCGUUUUCAACGUUCGGAUGUUGUUACCUCAAAGGACAUGGUAUACACACCGUGGAUGAAGAGCGUGUGAUGGACGCAGCGCAUGCAUACUUUGCCCUGCCCCAGCAUGUCAAAGACAAGUACCAUCGUCCGUCGUCGUCGAAUGGGUUUGUUCGGGGGUACAUUGGCCUUGGCGCUGAAAGUGGAAGCUCCGAGUACGUCGAAGUCAAGGAAGGAUUCUCGUACGGGUACGAGUGGGACGCAUCAAUCCCACCGUCGAAUCCGUUGCAAGGGCCCAAUGUGUGGCCGGCGGAGCUCGCGUCGGGCCACACACAGACCCUUCAAGCUUUGUUUACAAGCCUCGUGGACGUGUCGGGUCUGGUGUGUGAUGCGUUGUCCAUUGCAUUGCACAAACCCUCGUCCUAUUUCCGCUCGUUCUGCUCCCAAGGCGAUACAAUAUCCAUCCUGCGCGCGUUUCAUUACUUUCCGUACUCUACCUUUUCCCGUACGUCAUGUUUUCAUUUGUUUAGUACAGGUCAAGGCGACAGCAAUCUCAUUGGAUCGAGUCCGCACACUGACUGGGGCUUUUUGACGCUUAUCCUCCAAGACAAGGUCGGGGGGUUGCAGCUGUUCCACGACGGAAGCUGGCACGACGUGCCGCACAUUCCCGGCACGUUGUUCGUAAAUGGAGGGGAUUACCUGUCGUUACUGACCGAGGGCCUCUGGAAAUCCCCCGUCCACCGCGUGGUCAACUACGACGAACGCAUGUCGUUAGUAUUUUUUUACUACCCCGAUUUCGACGCAAAAAUUCCACCAGUCACGACACCAACGAGACACCAGGAACAAAACCUCGACACAUUCAACACCCUAUUGGACAACACGCACCAACCAUCGUCCGAUCAAGCGCCGUUCGGAGAGUACAUUGUGUCGAAGUGGGCCGAUGUCCAACGCUAGUUAGAUUCUGCAUGAUGUACGCAAUCGUGGCUAUACCUCUAAUGUCCAAGUGUGAACAACGAGCUAACGUUACUGAAAUAUCACAUUGUAUGCUGACUGGCGUCGCAUGCAAUGC